UCCCAGCCACAUGUCCCUCUACCUCAUGCUCCACCGAGGGGCCUCUCUGUCUAGCUGGUCGUUUGGGGACAGCACCCCCCACUUUAACCUGGCUGGAGAGUACCUCAUAUUCUACACCCACGGCCUGGACGCCCCCGCCUGGAACUUCUGGUUCGAAAUACAGCCUCCCAGAGAGGAGGACCCGUUGGGCCCAGAGGGGAUGAUCUCAGUAGCCAUCUCAUCUAAUUACUGCUUUGGAGAGGACCAGAGGACUGUUCAGCUAGACGACAUGCUACAGAGGUUCCCCAAGUGGGCCUUCCCCUCUUCCUGGGUCUCCACCUAUCACAUGUACCGAUACUGACACCUAGAAUUAUCAUAUGUACCGAUGCUGAGAUACUGGGCCCGUUGGGCCUGCUUCCCCUCCACACUUUUUUAUAUAUAGUAACAGUAGGACUAACUUACUGACAAAGGCAUGGUCCACCGGAGUUUUCCUUUUUUUGUGGGAUUAGGGGUAGUUAAGGCGUUGUUUUUUUUAACUCUCUCUGCCGAACUGUUUUGUAUCAAUGGCCUUGCAUUUUCUACCUCCUGCCAGCUCUGUCAACAAGCACGAGGUCAAAAGCAUCAGUCUUUAGCAUCACUAUCUAUAUUUUCAGUUAAAAGGCUACAGUGCCUUUAGAUGGAUGGUUAUAUCUCUAGCAUCUCUGGUUCUGACCUUUCCAGGGCCAAGCUUAAAGGGACAAUUCACUUUUAUUUAAAGUUUUGCUUAUUUUACACUUCCCUAGGGUGUAUUUGUUUCCUUCAAACUGUUUCUUAUUUUAAAAAAUGUUUAAUGGGUUGAAAGAAUGAAUGUUACUGUGUGAAUUAAAUGGUCAUGUUUGGAUUGUUCAAGAGUUCAUAAAGAGCUAUGAAUUUUGAUAUAUUUUAUUGUACUGCAAGUGCUAUGGAUUUAUUGUUACAGGGAAACUGUGGGUAUUUGAGGAAACGGCACAAGGGUGGGCUCCUAUCUUUUAAAUAUAGUUGAUUAGAAUCUGGCUGUCUUUUCCUGUCUUUUGUUUAACUAGCAAAGUGCAAAGAAAUGUUAAUUCAGGUUGGGCAUGAGUUUUUGCUUGAAUUUGGUUAAAAGGACAGUGAAUUCGUUCAUACUUUGAGAACUUGCUCUUGUGUAUCAGAUCACAAUUUUCUCUCAUAGAGAUUAUUCUGAACUGAAGACACGCGUUACCACGUUGUUUUAGCCUAUUGGUGACAGUCAUACUCUAUAAUUCUGUAAUGUAUCAUUUAUUUCAUGUACACUAAUUGUUUGUGUCAAUUCUUUCAUGACUAAUACAUCCUAUUAGUUGAAUAGAGUAACUGCAUUCCUCGUUUUACAGAGUAAUUCUUUAGUUGACCAUACGCUUAUAAUUUAGAAGGUCUAUUGGUAGUUGUUAUAGACACUAUACACAUGGCAUAUUCUGGGGUACCACCUUGACAUCUCUGAUCUGCUUGCCUCAAUAAAUGAAUGCUAGAACAUUGGUUUCCAGGAUUAGCUAUUUGUAUCUCGUCUCUUCAUAAUUGCAUAACGGUGCAAGUUAGACACAUACAUGCUCAUUAUAGUCAUCCUGAGUCGGUGAUGCAAUGAUUCGCUAUCUUGCUAGAUCCUCCAGAGACACACAUGGGCUGUUGCAUUUAUUCACAUAAUAAUGGAGUCAGAUUGAUAAAUGUAGUUUAUUAUAUUAAACCAAAUUUCUAAAUAUGGUUGGAUAAUUUCAAUCAAACUUCAUAAUGGUGACCCCUCAUCCUCAGUCAAUGGGGAUUACCAACAAUGUACACUACUGCUUUAUACCUGACCACGUUUUUAAGGUUACGCCUAUUCCUUGUAAAUAUUAGGCUAUAUGUAUUGAGUAUAAUUAAGAAAAUGUAUAGACAAGGGGGGAAUGUGUGGCGAAAACGCACUAAAGGCAUGUUUCUGUCUCCCGACAAAUUGUGCGCAUUUAUUGUGUCAUUGUGUGAAUUGUUUAGGCUACCCUUUGUUGGUUAAUGUUGAUACAUUUCCCAUUAUAUCACCACCAGCAAAUGUGAACCGUUAAUUCCGUUUUUUAUCAUCUACAAUGUUGAUUUACGGUAAUUUCUGUUAAUGCAAUUUAAACUUCUACACUUGAUCAACAAGUUUUGUUUUAUUUCAUAACAUUAACGACUUUUGUCAAUUUCUUAAUUGUUUUCUAAAUGUUUAUCUUUUGUUUGCAUGUGAUCAUACCUCAGCACGAAUAAAAGGUUACUUUGCCUGCUUGCAAAUGUGUGCUAAAAUGG